AUGGACCUUACCAAUGUGCGGUCGAUGGAACUCUUCAGAAAGUUAGGUCUUGUACAAGGCCUACGUGAGGAAGGCGUGUUGGUUCCUUCCUUCGCAUUCGUCCUUGAAGCUGACACACUUGUACAAGGCGUCGCCGCCCACAUUCCCUACAACGUUCGCAUUUCGACUGGACUUAGCCGCAAGGAAUCAAUCACGAAUUGGUUCCACCCUAGCGUGAACCAGUACCGUAUCCAAAUUGCCGAGAAAAACGACGGAACCAUGCCGCUUGAACCCUGGCAGCGCAUUUCACAAGCAAUCUUCGAGAAAUGGCUGAAAGAUCGUUGUGACGAGAACCCGCUGAUUGAUGCUCGUUUUAACCACCGAGUUGAAAACAUACAAGAGGUCGAAAAUGGUGCAACGGUUACCGUGACAGAUCAAAAGACAGGGCUGAAAAAGGUCAUUCUAUCGCAUUAUGCCGCGGGCUGUGAUGGCGGUUCAAGUAGGGUACGCCGGUCACUAGGAAUUCCUCUGCACGGAGGCCCAAUUCCUGCAUAUGUCCUCCUUGUCCACUUCAAGUCAAGAGACUUAUCACGCCUCCAUGCACAAGGUCAAUUUUGGCACUUAUUCUUCAUCGGAAAUGAAGGGCUCAGUGGGGCCGCUAUUGCUCAGAACGAGAUCGACACCUGGACUACUCACCUUUUCAUGCCUCUUGAGAAGGAUUCAGACUCCAUAAGCUCUCAGGAGGCUGUUGAGACCGCCCUUGGAGGGUUGCACGGGAGAUACCCGGUGAAAAUUGACGAAGUUUUGGUCAGAUCGACGUACAGACCUAGUAUAGCGAUUGCGCAGAGUUAUUCUUCCUCUAAUGGCCGCAUUUUUCUCGCCGGAGAUUCAGCUCAUCAGAACAUCCCCACCGACGGCUACGGCAUGAAUAUGGGAAUUGCCGAUGCAUUCGACCUGGGAUGGAAACUAGCCACCGUAAUUGACGGCUUUGCGGAUUCACAGCUUCUGGAUUCCUACGAGAGUGAACGUCGACCAGUUGCUGUGGAUAGUAUUGAACGCUCAGGUGUCCAUAUGAAAGUGCACAUGGACGUAGCCGAGCUUCUUCAAGGCCGGGCAGGGGCAUUAGAUGAGGACUCUGACGAUGGAAGAAAGCUUAGAGAUGCGCUUCAUGAGCACUAUCAGAAGCAAACCGGCGAGAACACCGAUUUGGGGAUCGAGAUGGGAUAUCGGUAUCAGUCCCAUGCCAUUUUUCCAGAAGACUCCCAGCCUCCGAAAUUUAACCCGUCAGCGUACAUUCCUAGCACCUAUCCCGGCAGUCGAGCACCACACGUGUAUCUCAGAGACGGAACACCGUUAUUUGACCACUAUGGCAAGUAUUUCUCCCUUAUCGAGUUUUCCGACGGUACAGACUCCAGAUCCGAUCUCCUUUUGAAGGCUGCUGAAUUCAGUUGGACACCGAUUAAGCUUGUGAGACUCGCCGGCGAAGAUCAUGCCUACAGCAUCUGGGGUCAACGGCUUGUCUUGAUACGACCCGAUGGACAUGUUGCAUGGCGAGGGGACAUGAUCAAAGAUUUGGGGGAGGCUCAGAGAAUUGUUGCUGUAAUAAGGGGCGUAAAAGAAGCGACCAUCAACGCCCCUGAGGCAGUACCGUACCAGAACGGGGUAAAGUCCCAUUCCGCAACCCAUGUGGAGUCGGCAGUCCCUGUCGAGUUCACUUCCACCGUCAGUACCGACGUCCAGACAGAGGGCUACCAGAUGGAGCGAAUGGGGGAUUUCCAGGUCUGA